GAAGAUGAAUACUCAUUUGUUAAUUGAAAACCAAAAGUCUUGUACAGAAGUGAUUGCGAAACAUAGGAUUCACGGGUCAUGUCCAUUGGACUCUUUUUUUGAGGAUGAUGAUGAAGAGUUUGAGCUGUGGAUUCGUAAGGGUCUUCUAAAACAUCCUAAUAUGAAGCGAGAUGGUGUUAUUUUUUAUGACAAGAAGCAUGAAACUAUAGAUCCAGGGUUUGAUUUUAAUGUGGCUCAAAUUAGUGAUAAGGCAUGGUUUUAUACACUCUUCGAGCUGGGAUAUUUUUGGGAAGCCAGUCAUAUUGAAGUUAUUUUCUACUACUUGAGGAAGAUCGGGUUGUAUUCAAAUUUGAAAAUAGCUGUGAGAUACACAACCACCGAUCCAUUUUUUGAUGAAACGAUCAAGUCGUUGUAUUUGAGGUAUAUUGAGCAUGCUUCUGAAAGUGUUAUUGAUGUCUCUGACCUCAUUUUUUAUUAUAUAAUGGGUUACAAACAAAUAUGCGGCAAACCAUGGUUUGAAGUUUAUCACGUUCUAUUCCCGAUAUACAUUGAGCUAGACAAAGUAGGCCGUUGGAUCCUUGGCAGACUUUCAUUUGUUGAUAGAUUAUUUUAUGUUUAUAACUCACGUUGGUCGGUAAAUGAUGAUUCCGAAGUUGCAAAAUCUGUGAAGUGCUACUCAGAUAUCCUACCACUUUCCUUGGACCUUAAGAAUUGGCGAUAUGUGACAAAGAAAAUUACCGAGCCUUUCGAUAUUGUUAUUGUUAAGGGGUUGCCAGGAGAAAGACUCAACGAUUCCGGGUUGUUUGUGGCAUCAUAUGCAGAGCACUUUAUCACUGGAACCGAAAUGCCUACUCGAGAUUUUGAUUGUUAUUUACACAGAAAACGUUUAGCUACUUUACUAUUCAAGCAUGGAAACCUCAAACUGGAACAUGGUUACCAAAGUGCGGAUGAAUCCCCAGGUCUUUUACCCAAUGAUGCAAGAAUGGUUUUGUAUGAUAACAAGAACAAAAAGGAGACUAAA